AUAAGCACUUUUUCACUUGCAAGAAAUUUCAGAAAAUAUACAUAAGAGAAAGCGUUGCAACGGUGAUCCUUAUUGGAAAAAUGAGUGAACAGAAUUUAAACACUAUCUUAAAUCGUUUUACUGCUAAUAUUGUUCAGCUUCGUCAACAAAGGAAAAUAGAAGCCCUAAACUGUUGGGAGCCUAUCGUGAAAGAAAUCUUAGAAUAUGUGAAAACGAAAGAUGACCGAUUCAGUGCUCUUCAAAUCUUACCUACAGGAAGCUAUUAUGAAAGGGCCAAAGUAAAAGAGCCCGAUGAAUUCGACCUGAUGUUAAUCAUGGAUAAUUUAGAACUGGAUGACGCACCAUUUGAAGAAGACGAUGGCUUCAGCGAGCCACCAAUCGGAUUUACCACUGUAAUGAUUGACGAGGGCGAAGAAUGGCUUUGGAAGAGAGACAGCUGUGUGAACCAUAGAGGAAUGCUGAAUGCCUCACAGGUUAAAGCAGUUUUUAAAAGGCUUGUGGAUAAAGCCAUCAGGGAAAAAAAGCAUUUAAGGAAUGUUGCUGUUAAGUCUGAAGGCCCAGCAGUGACCUUGAAAAUAACUAGCACAAAUAGAAUAGAAUAUUCUAUUGAUUUGACACUUGCCAUCAAGGAGAAAACCUGGCCAGAAGAAGCUGAAGAAUGGAAAACAAGGCCCAGAGCUGGUUGGCCCAAUAACAAUCUUGUGAGAGAAAUUUGCAGAGAGGGAUGUCAUCUGGUAGGUAAGCAACCAAAGGGUCACAACAUUGCUUACAAAGAGAAAGGAUUCCUGUGGCGUUAUUCCUUCUCAGCGGCUGAAAAGAGGCUAUUCCUUCAAGGUGGGCAAGGUGAAGCCAACUCUUGCCGAAAGAAAGUUCUCCGAAUAGUGAAGGCUCUUCGAGAAGAACUUAACCUGAAGCCAUUGAAGUCAUAUCAUCUAAAAACACUCUUACUCUAUGAGUGCGAGUCCCACCCUAAUGCCUCAGAGUGGAGAGAUACCUUGGAUGUUCGAUUCAUGGGCCUCCUUAAGAGGUUGGAAAAGUGUCUACGCUCAAAGAGUUGUGCCCAUUAUUUUAUUGAAGGUUUAAAUUUGUUUGAAUCAUUCAAUCACCAAGAAUGCCAGGAAUUGGCUAAUAGAGUGAGGGAAAUUAUAAGCAAACCAGUGCAAGUGCUAACCAAACUCCUAGGGAAAUACCAAAUGGCAUGAAAUGAAACUAAACAAGCUACACUCAUUGACUGCUUGUCUAAAACAUUUUCAUAAUGGGUCAAUUUAGAAUCAUUAUGUGCGAUCACCUUAUGUACAACUGCACCACUGAUUAUUGUUGGUUCAAAACAAAAAAACAAUGAUAACUUCUUUAAGGAUAGAUAGUCCUAGACACAUCUUGCAGCAAGUUUUUUAACACUGCUACAUAUUCUAUCAACAAAGAUUUGAAUUAAUUUAAGUUGCAUAAUAUUUAAUAUAUUCAACAAGUAUUGAAAACAAAUGAUGCUGCUUGCACUAAUCACAGGCAAGAGCUAGUAUUUCUUGAUUGAUCAUGGUACCACAGGUCAGGAUAAGGUCUAGGAAAAAAUUUCUUAAUAGACUCUGGGAUAAUUAAGGCAAUUUUGCUUUGAGACAUGGAAUAUUUAUGUCUUUCAAAGAAGUCAGGGGAAAGUGAAAUCUCAAAGGUAAACUCAUUCAUUUUAUUUUGGCUUUUUGAUGGUGACUUUUGAACCCUGUGUUCAUUCAGUUGCUUUCAAAAAAUUUUAAGAAGGAGCCAUGGAUAUCUAAAUAAUCAAUUACUCAGGCAAAUAUGUUUAAAUAUAUGGAUUAACAUGGUAUGGCCAAAAAUAAUACAGUCAAAUAUAUUUCAAAGGUUUAGGAAUAACUUGAACUAUUUUUGAACAAACAGUAUUUGAAAAGGGAUUAGAUUGGACAUGCAUGUGUAUUCCCUCAAAGAGGAAAGGGUUAGAGUUAGGGUUUGGAACAUUAGAUUUGCCAAGGGAACAUGAAUAGGAAAACAUAUCUAUCUCCUCAAAUCCCUGAAGAACAUUAAAAUUAACCCCAUUCCAAAUGAAAUUUAAAAGCAGCAGGAAAUGGCAAACUCCAUUGAACUUUUAAGACUGUUAUGGAACUGUUUGUAACACCUCAAAUUUUCACCAUUUAACAUAUAAAACUUCAUAAACCUGAUUUCUUCAAA